AUGCGUAGCUAUAAAUCCGCCUGUAGGAGCUUCUUAACUACUCUACACGAGAAAUUGAUUACGGUGGAAUUUCUGGACGAUGACUCGAUAAGGCCAACAAGGGUGCAAGAUCGAACAUGGACUCAUAUCACUUACUUAGCCUUUUGGUUCUCAGCAUCGGGAAAUAUAGGCAAUCUCUACGCUGCUUCGGCAGGCUUAACGGUCGGACUGUCUAUGUGGGAGUCAAUUAUCUGUCAACUUGGGGGGCAGAUCUUAGCGGGCAUUCUCAUGGCUCUAAAUGGUCGCGCUGGCGCACUGUAUCGUAUCCCUUUCCCUGUUUUCUGUCGGUCCAGCUGGAUAAUGGCCAUUGUCUGGAACAGUGUCAAUGCUGUCCAGGGUGCGCAAUGUCUCAACGUACUGCUGCGUUCCAUUUUCCCAUCCAUAGCGAACAUUCCAGCUACGAUGGGCUCUAAAUCUGCCCUUACCAGUGCGGGAAUGAUAUGUUUUUUCAUAUUCUGGUACUUGCAUCCAUGGUUUGUGAGCUGCGCAUUUUUAUUUAUCCCUAUACCAAAGAUGAGGAUAUUAGUAUACAUUAAGGUGGUAGCUUCUUAUAGUGCCACUGUCGCUAUGCUGGCUUGGACACUCUCUUUAUCUGGAUCUUCCCAACAUACACUUCAGUCGCAUUCAACUAUACACGGCACUGAGAAGUCUUGGAUGGUGGUCAAAUUCUUCUGGCCAGGGCUUGCGAGUGUUGCCACCUUCGUCUCCAAUGCUGCUGAUCUUCAGCGAUGUGCUAGGCGACCGAACGAUGUUGUUUUGGGUCAAGUGUUCAGCUUUCCUAUGGCCAACUUUAUCAUGGCCAUCAUGGGUUCUGUGAUAGCUGCUACCAGUGAGCCUAUACUUGGGGGGGUGUUUCGAAAUGAAUGUCCCUCGUUAACAGCUGGUCUGACCAAUUCAGCUUAUAUGAAAUCCCAUUUAUAUACUCGAAUUUUAAUACAGAUUGCUGUUGCAGUAGCUCACUACGAUCUGAUUCACAUACAGACCCUCUCGUACGCCAUCUGCCCAUGGUAUCCACUGUCCUCAGCUGUUGUUUUCAUCAAGUUUCUCUCCUCCUAUCAGAUUUUUCUCUCUGCGAUUGCUGGAGACCUACUCUGCGACUAUUACCUGAUCCCCCGAGGCCGCCUUUGUAUCCCAGAGCUAUACACCAUGAAUCCGGAGGGUCGCUACCACUACCUACGCGGAAUCAAUUUCCGUGCUCUUGCAGUAUAUUUAGUCUCAAUAGGCCCGAGCUUAUAUGAAUUUCUAAAUCAGCUUGGUGUAAAGGCACCGCUGUCUAUUCAGCGGUUCUAUUACCUUUCCUAUCCGACGAGACUGCUGAUUGCAUUCUUGGGAUAUUAUCUAUCAUGCCUUUGCUUCCCCAUCGUGGUAAUGUAUAUUGAUGUGCACGAUUCCGCCAGAGAUGAUGCUACAAUGGACUUUGGCGCUGUUGAUAUUUCGAGGCAGGAGAGUGAUGCGUUUGACUCCUUUGUUGCAGAAGGUAUAAAGCGAGACGAAGCUAUAAAACGGGCUAUCACUUAA